AUGGUGUACGAGUACUUUAUGCUCGAAGAUCUAGUUGGAUCCAUCACUAGCUCUGUUCAAGGAGGAAAGAAUAACAUGGACCACAAAGCACUGGAGAACUUUUCAUUACAUCAAGUCAUUUCCAUGAAACGAGUAAGAACUUUUCAUUUUCAAUUUGAAAAGGGUGAUUAUUUUCAUGCUCAAGAAUUUGGUCAUGGUCUCGUGACCAGUAAAAAGGAUGGCUUGUAUCACGUUAAAAGUUUAGACUCGAAUCAAGUCAAAAUAUUGGACAAAAUGCCAAAAAACGCCAUACCAUGUUUCCAAGUUUGUGGUAAAUUUAAACAAGUUCAUAGGAAUGACUUGUUCUUGAUUUAA